AUGGAGACGCCCUCGGCCUCGCGCGAGCGCGCCGCCGCGGCGGACCGCCUGGGCGCCCUGCCAGACGGCGUCCUGCUGGAGGUCCUGUCGCGCCUCACGUUCCGGCAGGCGGUGCGGACGGGCGUGCUGUCGCGGCGCUGGCGGGGCCUCUGGCACGCGGUGCCGUACCCGCCCUCGUGCAUCGACAUCGACCAGAAGCGCGCGUUCCGGGCCGGUAGGCCGCCCACGCGCUGGUCGCCGCCCCUCGACCUCGACGGCGGGGCGGCGGCGAUGAUGCGCCGCCUGGACGAGGAGCGGGAGAGGUGGUUCAGGCUCGAGGACUACGGCGACCGUGUGACGACGAGCCGCGCCGCCGCCGCCGGCGAGCCGCUGGGCGCGUUCCGGCUGCGCGCCACCGACCUGGUGCUCUUCGAGAUGGCCGGCAGGUGGAUCCGCCGCGCGCUCGCGCGCCGCCCCCUGGCGGUCGCCAUCCGCUGCGACGGCGGCGGCCCGCUCUUCCCGGAACGCCCGGAGUUCUCGUUCUUCGGCUACUCCCGCGCCUGCACGAGCCGCCUCAGGGCGCUGCAGCUGCGCCGGGUGAGCCUGGGCCUGGAGAGCUGGGGCGGCGACUUCGCGGACGCCAUCGCCAGCGAGCUCCCGGUCGUCGACGUGCUUGCCCUCGCGGCUCCUCGCCUCGCCUCGCUGCGGAUGCAGCGGAUCCACGGCAACCCGCCGCCGGUCGUCUCGGAGUGCGAGAUGCCGUCCCUCCUCGAAGCGUCCCUGGAGCACCCGGCCGGCUUCGCCGGGCUGCUGCGCUCCCUGCGCCACGCGAGGAGUCUGAGCCUGUACGGGUUCGGCGCGACGGCCUUGCUCGACGCCGACGACGGCGAGGAGCAGCCCGGAGGUUCCCCGGAGUUCCGCAACCUGACCGCCCUGGUCCUCGACGAGUGCGACGUCGGGGUCGGGUGCCAGGUACUGCGGCGCUUCCUCCGGAACUCCCCCGGCCUGGAGACGCUCGCGCUGCGCUACUGCUCGUUUGAAGGUGGCUCCAGGAGGAAGAAGAGGAAGCCGAGGUCGUCCGACGACAGGCGCGUUCCGACGCCGUACGCGUGCAGGAACCUCAAGUCGGUGGAGCUCGAGUACCACGACGACCAGGACGUCUCUGAGCUAGACGACGCGUUGGAGGAGAUACAAGGAUGGUGGCUGGUCCGGUCGAAAUUUCUGUCGAGCAUGGGAGGCUCACAGUGA